ACAACCAAUCAUUCGUACACGCCGGAAGCCAGUCUAGUGUAACAUGGCGCCAGGAUUUUUGGACUCAGGUGAACUUUACGCUCCUGGUUUCUUGGAUUCUUUGGCUUAUAUUUUCAUUUUUCUCUGGUUUUUAUUGAUUGUACUUCAAUUAGUGUCUAUAUUCGGCGGGAAAUUCUUACUCUACAACUUCACUCCUUGUGCAAACGACCAAGAGCUUCCCGGUGUUUCAAUUUUGAAGCCGUUGGCUGGCGAUGAACUGAAUCUAGCGAAGAAUUUACAAACUUUCUUUGAAUUGAGCUACCCAAAGUUCGAGAUUUUGUUCUGUGUUGAAGAUGAGUUAGAUAGUGCAGCUGGCAUCGUGCGUCAGCUUAUACGAAAUUACCCCCUCGUGAACGCCAAACUUUUCACAGAGGCAAGAACUGUUGGUGUGAACCCGAAGAUAAAUAACAUGAAUCAGGGAUAUAAAGCUGCUAGAUAUGAUUACCUCUGGAUUUGUGACAGCGGCAUCAUGGUUCACCCAAAUACCUUGCGUGAAAUGGUCUCACACAUGAGUUCAGGUGUAGGCAUGGUGCAUCAGAUUCCCUUCAUAGUAUGUGCAUCUUCUGCAAGUUUUGCAGCAUGUGUUGAUAAGGUUUACUUUGGAACGCAACAUGCUUUCUUGUACUUGUUUGCCAACACUAUGGGACUGCUGUGUGCAAAUGGGAUGUCUACAAUAUACAACAAAAAGGUCUUGGAUGAAUUAGGUGGCUUGGAGGCAUUCUCCUGUUAUAUAGCAGAAGAUUAUUUCAUUUCAAAAGCAAUUUACAACAAAGGUCAUAGAAUAGCAUUCAGUUCAGAGCCUGCCAUGCAGAACCCAAGCAAGCAGUCAUUGGCACAAUUCCAGGGCAGAAUGCUAAGGUGGACACGCCUGCGUCUAACCAUGGAGCCCCUUCUGGCUGCAUUUGAACCAUUCACUGAGUGCCUAAUGAUUGGUGUGUUAGCAAGCUGGGCAGUCUGGCAGUUAUGGGCAUUUAGCAUUGUCCUGUUUUUUAUUAAGCACCUCCUUCUUUGGUUUCUACUGGAUUUCAUACUUCUGAGAAUAGUCCAAGGGAGUAACGGGCCAUUGCCACCAUUAUGGAAGCUCUUCCUGGCCUGGCUAUUUCGGGAGUUGUUCUCUAUUGUAUUCUUCCUCCAGGCAGCAUGUGGCCGCCAUAUUGAAUGGAGAACUACUCAUUUCAAAUUACUGCUAGGAGGGAAAGCAGAACUAAUUGACAAAUGCCAAAAUGCAGAUACUCACUGUUGUUAAUAUAUGCAAAGCCUGGCACACAAGGCAAGUUAUCAUGAAGGGGGCGUGUUUACACCAGGCAAGCUGUCUUCAAGGGGCCAUGUUUACAUGAGGCGAGCUACUUUCAAGGAGACGUGCUCAUACCUUAUAAGCUGUCUUCAAGGGGCCGUGUUUACAUGAGGCGAGCUACUUUCAAGGAGAUGUGCUCAUACCUUAUAAGCUGUCUUCAAGGGGCCAUGUUCACAUGAGGCAGGCUGUCUGAAACAGGGUUACUGUGUUGUCUGGGUGAAUUGCAAAAAAUAGUUAACAAAUAAGAAUUCUGAGACGAAAAGGAACUACGAGUAUCACAUGGGUUGAUUGUUUAAAUAUAUGUAAUUUGAGAGGCCCCGCCCUCAACAUACAGAAUGUUAUAGACUAUUGACAAAAUUUCCAUAAAAGUAUACACGCGAGUGGGCAGAUUGUGGGAGAACUCAAUAGAACCUUGGCCGUUCUAUUUUAAACUAAUGCAUCAAAAUAUUCAGUGGGGUUUUUAUUUUUGUUAACAGUUUUUUUUAAAGAGAUGCACCGUCGGUCAUUUUAUAAUGGUAAUGGGACAUGCUUUAUACAUUAUUUAUGAGAUUCUUAUUUUUCCUAAAUUAUUCCAUGAGACAUGUUGAAUGAGGAUCUAUGGAUAUUCUUAAGUAAAACAAAUUAUAAACUAUUUAACAAAAUAAAGCUGUAUGGUCAA